UACCUGAGCGCCACUUUCGACUCAUUUGUUUAUGUCUGCGCUCCUCAAUACGAAUAAAUAAAUGAAUAAAACGAAACGUUAGUUGGCGACGGAGCAAUUUCGAACGAGGCUCGUCUCGAAUGUAACCGAGUGUUUUUGUUCUUUUUUUUUACUGCAGAUACAAACCGCGCCAUGGGUCGUCUGGACGACGCCGCCAAGCGCAAAGUGGUGGAGCUGAGGAAAGCUGGCCUGAGUUUCCGCAAGAUUAAGGCCGUGCUGGAGCUGGAGAACAUUAAGGUCUCGGCGCAGGCCAUCUACCUGUUCCUUAGGGAGUUCCAAGGCAGACGACCGGGCAGGGUCAGGCCUCCGGAGGCUGGGAGCAACGCAGCAGCGCCGGCGCCCCUGCAAAAUCUGGUCGGGGGACUGCAGGAGACCUGGAGCGGCAUGGGGCUGCAACACCUGCUACGGGAUGCAUCGCGCAACGCCAGCUUGAGCAAGUUGGCCAAGCGGGCAUCCACGCAAGCAAAUGGCGGUGCCAAAGCGUCCCGCUGCGUGGAAAGCGGCGUAGAGACUGAAACGCACCAGAGACAACAGCGGCAGCAGCGACAGCAGCUGCAGCAGCGAUGGCAGUGUGUGGACGAUACCGACGUCCAGAUCGUGAGCGUCACGUCUCUUGCGCAGUGUCAGCAAAGCCCCGAGAGCAGUGCGGCGACUUGUCCUGUAACAGCGUCUGUGGCCUUGGCCAGGAGGAGGGUGACGCCCUCCCCCGCCACCAGCUCUAUGCUGGCGGCCCGUAAACGCAUUUUGGAUAAAGCGCUGAUGCACAGGAUGAAGGUGACGUCACUAUUGAGGAGAGAACACGCACAUGUCCAAAGACAGCAGCAACAACAACAACCACCACCACCACCAUCAGCAGCAUCAUCAUCAGCACCAGCAGCAGCAACAACAACAGCACCAACAUAUUAUGAUCUGACUGCAGAAAAGUCCACACUGGAAGAUGGCGGUACAGACAUGACCAGACGGUUUGUCCCACAGAGGCCGGGUCUGUCUGUGCGCUCCCUUCACACGGCGCCUCGAGUUGAAAUCCAGCUCGCCGGCCGUUCGGCGGCUCCAUUAACGUCACCCGGGGGUGCCGUCCUCCACGCGCGGACCUCUGCUGGUGAGCCGAGCCGAGAUACCGGGGCGGGGGGCGCUCUUCAGGAUCAGAUCCGGACGCUGGGUUGCGAGGUGCGCAGCCUGGGCCUGGCUGUCAAGAUGCUGGCGGAGCAGCAGAGCCGCUUGGAGACGGAGCAGGCGCAGCAGACUCACAUCCAGAAGCAGAUCCUUGGCGCGCUACAAACCCUGGCGUCCAAAGCGAGACCCUGCGGGAACACCCGCCAAACGCUCAGCAAAACCCCCUCCCCUUCUUGUUUGCCCACCACCUCUUCCGCCUUCAACCAAGACACCUUCAACUUUAACCGAGUCACCUUGGGCCAGUGCAGCCAAACCCAAACGGCCUACGACUCACUGGAGAGUCUGGAACCCGUCGAGCCCUUCAAACUGGCCAUCCUGAGCCCCGACGGCACGGACGGCUUCCCGCCGUGUAGCAGCACCGAGAACCUCCCGCUCACUCACACACACCCGCACACGCAGCAAGCGGGCCCGUACCCUCAACAAAACUGCCAGACUCUCUUGGCCCCCUACGCCCAGUCGUACGCACCCGCCUAUGAGCGCUCGCAUCCGCAGGGAUUCAGAGAGGGAGCGAGCAAGACGGACGAUUUCCGGACUACGCAGGAUCAACACCUCAAUAUUAUCAAAGUUGAAGGACCCUAGACUGAGUGUAGCCUCUUAUUGGAUUGGACAUAUUUAUUUCCUAAGUACAAUGGAAGUGCGACUGCCAUUUUUUUCCCCAAAAUAAAAAUGCCACAGGAAAUAG